UCAAUAUCGUUCAGAAAAUUGCAGCAGCAUUUGAGACAUUGAAAAAAAGCAUCACGGUUAUACCGAAUUCAAAUGAUGCCAAUCAAUCACAGAAUGCUUUCGAACGAAAUAUAGCGCAACAAUUUUACCACAGUCUAACCGAUUCAUUGGAUGGAAAUUUUGAUAAUAGCAAGCAUAUAGCAACGGACAUUGAUUCGAUGGCCGACAUUGUUAAAAAUAACAACAGCAUUACAGCAGGUGACACAGACGCCGAUUCACAAUCACAAAAACAUUUAUCAAUUAAUGAUAUUGGACGUUUUCAAUAUAUUUUACAAAUGGACCGAGAAAUGGGAAUGCCACAGUCGAAUGAUGGUGUAUUCCGAUUGCCACCACUAAUACCGAAUUCAUCGACACCAUCUUCUAAUUCAAAUUCAAUAAAUAGUGACCAUCAUCGUAUUGGCUACUGGAAAGCUGAUUCACAAACACCAAUUUCAUCAAGUGGUCUACCAACAGCCGAUUCGCAUCGCCAUCGGAGCACAUGGCAGUCCGUAAGACAAUUAUGGAAAUUCGCUAUUUGGCCAAUGGCUCUAUUACUGGUGUGUUGUAUGGUUGCGGGCGUAGUUUAUUUUUUGUUAGCCGGCCAGAAUUUUUCAUCGAAUUCAUCUCAUGGAGAUUAUGCGAAGAGACACGGACACUCAUACGAACCAAAUGCCAUAAAUUUUCUGAAUAAUUACAAUAGUAUAAAUCGUAAUAAUCGACCGGACGAAACGAGUCGUAGAAAUGAUCCAACACUUGAAAAUAUACACAAUCCCAGUACGCAUGCAGAUUAUUCAACACCAAGAGCUCCAUUUACAACGGUAAAAGUACCAACAACCAUUCGUCCACUAAUUUCCUCAUCGCCCACCAGCUUUUUCAUAAGUACAACAACAACGGACGGCAUUUCAACAAAAACUCCAAGUGUUAAAAUCCUAACACCAAUUGUACCAACUUCUGGUAAACCAUCUUAUGAAAAUCCGAUUACGGACACUUCAACCGUGAAAAAUGUAAAAAUUUAUACAAACUCAAGCCCACGACGUAAGCAACUGCAACCCGCCCCAAAACAUACCACACUUUUACUACCAACAGCUGAUGAUGAUUUGGAAGAGAAUGCCGUUGAACGAUCGAAAUUACUUUUUCCGUCGAAAGAAACAUUCGAAAAUUUCGGUUUUACUUCAGGCCAUCAAAAUAGCUUUGGCGUUCCAAUUGAAGAAGAUGAACGUGUUUUACGCAUGCUUAAUCAUCAAUUAGCCAGCCAAAAUAUUGAAACAAAUUCAAACCAAAGCAAUGACUUCUUCUUGCUCAGCAUCACAACCGAUGCGAAUAUGCAUCAAACAAAAGUUUCACCAACUCUACCGAAUAUAAAAAAGAAUUUCGCUACCACCGAACGCAUACGACCUCUCAAUGUCACAACUGAAGACGGUAUUUGUCAAUCUACUCAAUUGCCGAUAUGCCGUGGUAUUUUACCUUAUGAUUUAACUAAUGUGAAAAUGGCUAAAUCGAUUACGCCUCAAGACUUGGAACAUUUUCAAUAUUUAAUUGAAUCGAAAUGUUCGAAACGUUCGCAUCAGUUUGUCUGUUCAAUUUUGGAGCCAGAGUGUCGACCAGAAAAAAUGGGCUUAUUGCUUCCGUGUAAACGGAUUUGUAAAGCUAUUCAAGAGGCAUGCGCUGAUAUUGUAGCAUCAUCAGAGUUGCUUACGGCCACAUUCGAUUGCGAUAUUUAUCCAAAUUCACACGACGAAAACGAAUGCAAAGACAUAACACGCGGAACAAAAUGCUUGAAAAAUGAAUUUCAAUGCAAAGAUCAGACUUGUAUACCUUCAAGUUGGCAGUGCGACAACAUCAAAGACUGCCCAAAUGCUGAAGACGAAGUGAAUUGUUCAUUUUGCGAGGAGAAUGAAUUCAAAUGUAUCGGAAGUGAUAAAUGUAUUCCAGAAAAAUGGCAUUGUGAUCAAUAUGAAGAUUGUCCCGAUGCUUCCGAUGAGCAAGAUUGUGAACUUGCUGAUGAAAGUCAAACAAAUGAACCAUCUAUUGGUAAUGCACGAACAUUUCCCGUUUCCAAUACACAAAACAGCAUUGUACCCACAAGAGUGCCCGAUUUGUUGAUUUUAACCGGAGAUCGAUUAAAAUCGCCAAAAGAUAAACCUAUCAUUAAAACAAAAUUGACACCAAUCUCGUUGAAUGACCCCGCUAAAAGUAAAGUGGAUAAAGAUAAGCGCAACGACGCUAAAAACAUAACUGCCACACUUGACGACAUCUUUGAAACUAAUGAUGAUGAAGAUGAUAUUCAAGGCGACGCUUCUGGCAUUACGGUGCCGAUUUCAAAAAGUCUCGCCAAUUUCAAAGACAGCAAGGAAAUUAUGAUGACUAGCGAUUCGGAAGCUGAAUACAAAUAUUCAAGUUCUAACUAUGUACAAGUAAAAGCAUCGUAUGUUUCACAGUGUCCAGAAGGUGAAUUACGAUGCGUAAACGGUCAUUGUAUAACAAUCAGUCAGUUAUGCGAUAAGAUUACUGAUUGCUCUGAUGGUGCCGACGAAGCUUCAUGUACAUACACAUAACAAUUUAUUUCUUACAUUCGUCCAUUCGAAGCUUUGCUUCAAUCUAAAAACCAGAUUCAUCAAUCCUUUGCGUCAAACAUAUUUUAGUGAAUAUAACAUAUAAAUGAAUAUUGCCGUGAAUAAGCUACUAGACUUAAGUCUUCAUAUUGUCAAAAAUAUAACUAUAAUUUUUAGCAUUAUAUUGUGAGAGAGAACAUAAAAAAGAAAAUGAAUCUAAUCAAACCGCUGUUUAGACAUACAAUUUUUCAUUUUUUUUGGCUUUUUUUACAUAAAUCAAACCGAUUGCA